GGUCAAGGCAUCAUACUGGGAAGAACAGUCGGAAAGCGCACAACGCGUGCUAGUCUGAUAUACGGAGUAAUCUCAACAAUCUGCCUCUGGGCCAUCAAGGUGUCUUGCAGCCCCACCGGAAGAGAUUCCUACUAAAGGGCCAAGGCGGACUUCAAGACGCGGUCGAGACCUCUCGUUUCAAAGCAAGCCUUCGAUAGAACAUCAUCUAAAGAAAAUCAGUUUGUAUUUCAUACCAAAGAAAUGGGCCGAACGCAACCAUCAGUUGGGCAGCCACCGGCGGCAUUUCGGAAAGCAGCCCGAGCCAAGAAGGCCAAGGUCACCUUGAACCAGCUGAUUCCGUCGCUCCUCCCUACGCACCCACGGGCUCGUCGUGGAAUCGACUCAACUGAGCUUAUCACUGAGCCAAAGCCAGCGGCAAAAGAGACCCGACCCCUCAAGACAGAAGGCGCUGAUGUUCCGGAGACCAAUGGGGCACUUCAUAUCAGACUUCAAGUAGCCGACACUCUCACAGCCGCUCACGCGUUAGUGACCAAGAACGCUGGGCCAGGUCGUCCGGUAGACGUAAGCAACAAGGAAACACGGGUCGCAAUUCUCAACAUGGCCUCACCUCUCACGCCCGGUGGUGGCUUCGUCAACGGGGCCGGUAGUCAGGAAGAGUCGUUAUGCAUGCGGACUACGCUGCUGCUAUCUCUUAAAGACGAGUACUACCGUCUGCCGGAGCUCGGUGCUGUUUACACCCCAGAUGUAUUGGUUUUCCGAGAUGAAGAUGCGGACGACGUGUUGGAGAAAAAAGAUCGUUGGUUCAUGGAUUGCGUCAGCGCUGCCAUGUUGCGGAAUCCGGAAAUUGAGCGAGACGAGGACACUGGCUUCAGCCACUACGUGCAAGAAAAGGAUAGACAACUCAUCCUGGAAAAAAUGAAGAUUGUGCUGCGGAUAUGCCAGCAAAAAGGUAUCAAGAAGAUCGUGCUCGGUGCUUGGGGAUGUGGCGCCUACGGAAAUCCAGUCGCCGAAGUGGCCAAGGCGUGGAAGAAGGCACUGCUACCGAAAAACGACGGAAAAGAGAAAAGAAAGGGGCACAAGAAGACGUGGAGCGGGAUCGAAGAAGUCGUCUUCGCCAUCAAAGAUACUGGCAUGGCCGACGCCUUCGAAGAGGCUUUCGGAAAGGGCAUUGAGAGAGACGUAGAAGCUGAGGUGGAUGAAUCCGAUGAGGAGAUUGAUAUCGCUCAAAAGAAUAAGGAGGAGCUUCAAGCAAGGAUUGCCGAGUUAAAGCAGCGCAUCGAUGCCACACCAAAUCCGCAAGUCAAGACGGGUCUCAACUCAAUUCUUGCUGGAUUAAUAAGCCAAAUGCCUGCUGAUUCAGAAGAUAGCACCGACGACGACGAAGAUGAGGAAGAGGGAGCAGAGGAUGACAGCGGCGACAGCGACACAGAUUCUGAGCAAGCAUAGAUCUAGGGAUAAUGACUGGAUGAUCUAGUAACUGAAAUCAUUAUUCUCCUUUCAGGGCAUGUUGAGUGCUGGUUUUCAGAGAGCAUAGAUUGGACAUUGACCCUACGCAAACGUCGGAUCAGGGCCGAGGUGUCAUCCGCCAUGGGCCCGGAAAGAUUCUGCGACCAGCCUCAAUUCUAAUCGAUUUUCACAACCUCGA